CACACCGCCUGCUGAUUGGUUAACACAGCGGUCAGCAACGCGAUUUCAAACCGGCACUAUUUUAUGAGUGGAUAGCUCACACGUCAAUCAACUAUUUCGACAAGGUGCUUGUCUUUCUGGACAGCAAUCUGCUUUGGGGGGAAAAAAGCGGAAAAUGUCGCAAGUUCUGUUUUCAAUCUCGCUUGAGCAGUUAUUGUCUUGCCGUUUUGUUGGCCGCAAUGUUUGGGCGUGCAUAUGUGAAUUUCUUUUCCCGCCUCACCGUGCAAUUGUCCCUAUAACGGCGAAUGGAUAUUGGUUGGGGAUUGAGAGAGGGGUGUGUACUUUCGCAGCCAAGUCUUUUGUAUUAGGAUUGGGAAAAUGGCGACAGGAUAAUUGUGCUUGUGCAACACCAUCUCGCAAUGUGCACAGCGACAGCUUCCGCCAUUGUGCAGUGUGAACACCAAGCAUGACCUAAGCGGCGCUGCGGACUCAUUUAAUUCGUCAUAGUUCCAUUUUUGUCGGGGAUCUCCUGCACGGUGUCAAUGGGGAAUAACUAAAUGCAUUUUCACGUGUCACUCCCUGCAGUGUUGCAUUUGCAAUUUAAUUUUGUGUGUGUUGUGCAGACCGUGCCACACGUGUCACGUGUGAUUUGACUCUAAGCAAAUGUUGCCAUCACAGUAUUUAAAAUUCAGCUUGACAUUGCAACAUGUAUUUCAAUUGGAACACAAAAAAAUCCAUUCUAUUUCCAUCCCCACAAGAAUGAAAACAACCAAUAGUCGCAUAUUGCUAUUUUCUUUUUGAAUGCCAGAUUCAACCCAGGUUCUUUGUCGCCGGUGCCCCAAGAAAUUAUUUGAAUAAUUUGCAACAGAAAAACAAUCAUCAGUGCACCAUAAAUAAUUUAAACCUAGUGAGUCUAGACUACCUCUUAGACUUUAAAAGGUUUUGUUGCAUUUUACCAUGGACAUUGUCCUGCUCCUUCUAGUGCAUUUGUGUUGGUCAGUAGUAAGAGGAUGGAUGAGUUUCAUAACAAACUCAGUAAGAUGCAGUAAUAUAUAUAUUUUUUUGCAAAGGAUUAACGGCUUUGAGUAUUAUUAUAUUGUCUGUCUUAUGUGUUGCUGUACCGUUUGUGUUCAAACAGCUGAGUGGAAAGAAAUGCCUGUGAAUGGAUCAACUGGAUGUUUGGAAACGAUGCUCUCUCUAAUGUUUCUCUACCUCCCUCCCUCACUUCUUCUUUCCCUCUCUCCAUCUUACAACCAGGACUUUGCAGUCACUAUGGAGAAAAAAAAAGGGCUGGGUUUCAAUGACCCUUGUACCCAGCAGAAGAGUUGAAACGGCAAGCUCACCUGCCGGUGUUUCAGGAAAUGAAGCUUGGCUCCAUGACACACUACAACGGGAUUAAUAACAAAGUUGAAUAAAAGAAUGGACCUAGAUACGUGCGUCUGGCUCAUAGUGUGUGCAACUGGAGUGAUGGGACAGUUCCAAGUGGAGCCUCUGGAUUCUACCGUUCUCAAAGGAACAGAUGCUCGAUUCACCGCCACUGUGCAGGGAAAGUGGGAGGUCAUGACGUGGAACGUCCGAGGUUUUCUGGUCCUCACCUUUCCCCGAAGUGGUAACGUGUCCUCGGCCUCGGAACAAUUUUCGGCGUCCAUCUGCUCUGCCGAGGACACCAGCUGCGUUGCGUUCACCAUCCGCAACACUUCUCGUAGAGAAGCUGGGCCAGUUAUUUGUACCGUGCAAGGAGACUAUGGAUCAAAAUCAGCAACGCUACAUGUUCAAGAGAGCGGUGCAGUCCAAAUCCAAGACGGUGAUUUGAAGGUGGCCGAGGAUGAGGAGGUGGAGUUCACCUGCGUGACUUCAUCUUGGUUCCCUAAUCCUGUUGUGAGCUGGAAGCUGAAUGGUGGCCCUGUAGAUGGCAACCUGUACAACAAUACUCAUGUGCCUCAUGGAGAUUCCUUCAACUCCUCCAGUGUCCUGAAGUUUAAAGCUAUCAAAAAUUCUACUGUGGAGUGUUUGGCGAUGCUGCCGACACUAACAAAGCCACUAUCCAGCACCGUCUUCUUAGUAGUUGUGCCGAAACCUCCAGACUGGACCCUCCUGAUAGCUCUGGUUUGCUCUUUUGGAGGUGUUGCUCUGCUAUUUUUACUCAUUUAUGGCAUAUUCUUUUGCUACAAACGCAAGAAAGAAAAAGAACCCAACUACCAAGAUGAAAUGACUAGAAGAGUAAGAACACAGAGCCAGUUGAGCGGACUGAGACCACCUGGACAGAAACAAGGUCGAGUCAAUGCAGGUUAUGUGACAGAUGGUCGAACAAAUGUCACUUCAAGUGAUCUUUCAGCCAGUGGUUACUCUCACACAACUCCCUCCAAUUUUUUUGAGAUGCCCGAUGCUGUUUAUAAUAUCCACACAGAAAACGACUACAACAACGUGGGUGAAGGUUUCAGAAAACACAGACAUGCCACUACUGUGUAGAAAGACUAAAAACCUUGGACCCCAAAGACUGAAACAAGUCAUGUGUGUGUAGGCUGGACUGUAGAAGAAGAAGACUUCUCUAGGCUUUCUCAGCACACUCAUUGUUAUACUAUGUGUAUUUGGAAAAAUGAGAAUUAUAUUAAUUAUAUUACUCACGCUGUACAGUAUAUUACUAUCUUUUUUUCGGAGGAGUUCUAAUGCAUGUUGGACCUUUCUCAUCGACUCAUGCAUGAAAAGGCCACAAAAGCCUCUUCAAGGGGAAAGCAGGUGAUUGAAGGUUGCUCCACAGUGUGGAGCUAGAGACUCACUUAUUUGUCUUCUCCAUUUGAGUGGGAGGAGAGAAAAGAAAACAUCCUGUAUAAAAGCCAGCAUCUCUGUGAGAGGAGCUACCACAGGCAUCAUUGGAGACAUCAGGGACGCUCUUAACUUGACCUACGCACACGUGCUGCAAUG